CCGGAGCCUGUGCUCCACAAUGGGGAGAGGCCACAACAGUGAGAGGCCCGCGUACAGCAAAAAAAAAAAAAAAAAAAAAAAAAAAAAAAAAAAAAAGAUAAGGGUUCUAUUUGAAAUUAAAAUUAAAACAAAAUUCUCACCUAUACCUGUGGGUAUAUCUUUACCUCUAGAAGUGCGAUGUUUAAUAUAAAAAUUAAUUUUCCUAAACUAUCUUCUUUUAAAUGUAGAUAAUAUAUAUCAUCAGUAGAAAAGCUUCCUGAAAGAAGAAAUUGUUCAAAAGAAAUUUGAAAGUAGCAAAAGUAUAAGACAAAGAUAAUUGACAGCAGAUACAGAGGACAGCAUGGGAAUUUUACUUCAUUCAUUUAUUUAAUGAAUUCAUUCAGAAAAACUCUGUUGAACGCCUACUCUUGCCAGGUAUUGUCCUGGGCAACAGAACACAGCGGUGAACAAAAUUGACUCUCCUGCCCAUAUGCAGCCACAGCUGAUGAUGUCUUCCAGUUUCAGUGUACUUAGAGUUGGCAUCUCUUUUGUCAUGAUGUGCAUUUUUUAUAUGUCAGCAGUAGACUCUCUACCAGAGCUGAGUCCUCAGAAAUUCUUCAGUACAUUGCAACCAGGAAAAGCUACCUUAGCUUAUUUUUGUCAAGCUGAUUCUCCAAGUACCUCUGUAUUUCUUGAAGAACUGAAUGAGGCUGAUAAACCUCUCCAGGACUAUGGAAUUUCAGUCACAAAGGUUAAUUGCGUCACAGAAGAAACAUCGAGGUACUGUGGAAGCGAAAAGAAUGUGAUGAAAGCAUAUUUAUUCAGGGGUCACAUAUUACUCAGAGAAUUCCCAACCGAUACCUUGUUCGAUGUGGAUGCCAUCGUUGCUCAUGUUCUCUUUGCUCUUCUUUUUAAUGAAGUAAAAUAUAUUACCACUCUGGGGGACCUUCAGAACACAGAAAAUACUCUGAAAGGAAAAGCAAACAUUGCAUUCUCAUAUGUCAGAGCCAUUGGAACACCAGAGCACAGAGCAGUCAUGGAAGCUGCUUUUGUGUAUGGGACCACGUACCAAUUUGUCUUAACCACAGAAAUUGCCCUUUUGGAAAGUAUUGGCACUGAAGAUAUAGAAUACGCACAUCUCUAUUUUUUUCAUUGUAAACCAGUCUUGGACUUGACCCAGCAAUGUAGGAGAACACUAAUGGAACAGUCAUUGACUACACUGAACAUUCAUCGUUUUAUUAAAACAAUGGAAGCACCUCUGCUGACUGAAGUUGCUGAAGAUCCUCAACAAGUUUCAACUGUUCAUCUUCAACUAGGAUUACCACUGGUUUUUAUUGUUAGUCAACAAGCUACAUAUGAAGCUGAUAGAACAACUGCAGAAUGGGUUGCUUGGCGUCUUCUGGGAAAAGCAGGAGUUCUGCUCCUGUUAAGGGACUCUUUGGAAGUGGACUUUCCUCAGAAUGCUAAUGUGGUCUUCAAAAGAGCAGAAGAGGGAGUGCCAGUGGAAUUUUUGGUGUUAAAUAAUAUUGAUUUAAUCGUAUCCCGUGUGGAAAGUAGUAUGCACAUUGAGGAAAUGCACGAAGAUGAGGACAAUGACAUUGAAGGUCCAGAUAUGGAUAUUCAAGAUGAUGAAGUGGCAGAAACUGUUUACAGAGACAGGAAGAGACAGUUACCUUUGGAACUCACAGUGGAACUAACAGAAGAGACAUUUAAUGCGACAGUAACAGCUUCUGACAGCAUAGUGCUUUUCUAUGCUGGUUGGCAGGCAGUAUCCAUGGCAUUUCUGCAGUCCUACAUCGAUGUGGCAAUUAAGUUGAAAGGCACCUCUACUAUGCUGCUUACUAGAGUAAACUGUGCAGAUUGGUCUCAUGUAUGUGCCAAGCAAAAUGUUACUGAAUUUCCUGUUGUAAAGAUGUACAGGGAAGGCGAGAACCCAGUAUCUUACACUGGUAUGCUAGGAACUGAAGAUCUCCUAAAAUUUAUCAAGCUCAACAGGAUUUCAUGCCCAGUGAAUAUUACGUCUGUCCAAGAAGCAGAAGAAUAUUUAAGUGGGAAAUUACAUAAAGACCUGAUCUCCUAUUCUAGCGUGUCAGUACUGGGGCUGUUUAGUCCAACUAUGACAACAGCAAAAGAAGAGUUCACUGAAGCAGGAAACUACCUAAAAGGAUGUGUUAUCACAGGAAUUUAUUCUGAAGAAGAUGUUUUGACACUGUCAAAUAAAUAUGCUGUAACUCUUCCAGCCCUGCUGCUUGCCAGACAUAAAGAAGGCAAAAUCGAGAGCAUUUCAUUAGCUAAUGUCCAUGCUCAAGAAAUAGUUCAAAUAAUAACAAAUGCAUCACUGGAAAUAUUUCCAGAAAUCACUGUGGAAAAUCUUCCCACUUACUUAAGACUUCAGAAACCAUUACUCAUUUUAUUCAGUGAUGGCAGCAUAAAUCCUCAGCAUAAAAAAGCAAUAUUGACGCUGCUAAAAGAGAAACACUUGGAUUCACUUACCCCUUGCUGGUUAAAUCUGAAGAAUACUCCCGUGGGGAGAGGAAUCUUGCAGGCAUAUUUUGAUACCCUACCUCCCCUUCCUCUUCUUGCUGUGGUAAAUCUGCAUUCAGGCGGCCAAGUAUUUGCAUUUCCUUCAGACCAGGCUAUCACUGAACAGAACCUUUUAUUGUGGCUGAAAAAAUUAGAAGCAGGACUAGAAAGUCAUAUCAAAAUUUUACCUGCUCAGAAAUGGAAACCUCCUCUGCCUGCUUAUGAUUUUCUAAGUAUGAUGGAUGCUGCAACAUCACAGCAUCCUACUAGGAAAGUUCCUGAGUGUAUAAAAGAAACUGAUGUGCAGGAAAAUGACAAAGAACAGCCUGAAGAUAAAUCAGCGAUCAGAAAUGAACCUACUGGAACACUGAGAAAAAAGCAUUGGAAUAGAAGUAAUUGGUUUGAAGAAGCCAAAAAACAAUUCAGGCAUGAUAAUAAAGAAUUAUGAUGCUCAAAAGUCAGCUAAUUUCAUAGGGCUGUGGAAAGCUUUCUGAAGUCUUUUUGGCUUAUUUGAUAGACUUAAGAAUUUAUUUCACUAAAAAGUAAUACUAUCUCACCAUUAUUCAACAUAGUUUUGGAACUUUUAGCCACAGCAAUCAGAGAAGAAAAAGAAAUAAAAGGAAUCCAAAUCGGAAAAGAAGAAGUAAAGCUGUCACUGUUUGCAGAUGACAUGAUCCUAUACAUAGAGAAUCCUAAAGAUGCUACCAGAAAACUACUAGAGCUAAUCAACGAAUUUGGUAAAGUAGCAGGAUACAAAGUUAAUGCACAGAAAUCUCUUGCAUUCCUAUACACUAAUGAUGAAAAAUCUGAAAGUGAAAUUAAGAAAACACUCCCAGGUACCACUGCAACAAAAAGAAUAAAAUAUCUAGGAAUAAACCUAUCUAUCUACAGAGACAAAAGACCUGUAUGCAGAAAAUUAUAAGACACUGAUGAAAGAAAUUAAAGAUGAUACAAAUAGAUGGAGAGAUAUACCAUGUUCUUGGAUUGGAAGAAUCAACAUUGUGAAAGUGACUCUACUACCCAAAGCAAUCUACAGAUUCAAUGCAAUCCCUAUCAAACUACCAAUGGCAUUUUUCACAGAACUAGAAAAAAAUUUUUCACAAUUUGUAUGGAAACACAAAAGACCCUGAAUAACCGAAGCAAUCUUAAAAAGAAAAAUGGAGCUGGAGGAAUCAGGUUCCCUGACUGCAGACUAUUCUACAAAGCUACAUUAAUCAAGACAGUAUCGUACUGGCACAAAAACAGAAAUGUAGACUAAUGGAACUGAUAGAAAGCCCAGAGAUAAACCCACACACAUAUGGUUACCUUAUUUUUGAUAAAGAAGGCAAGAAUAUACAAUGGAGAAAAGACAGCCUCUUCGAUAAGUGGUGCUAGGAAAACUGGACAGCUACAUGUAAAAGAAUGAAAUUAGAACACUCCCUAACACCAUACACAAAAAAUAAACUCAAAGUAGAUUAAAGACCUAAAUGUAAGGCCAGACACUAUAAAACUCUUAGAGGAAAACAUAGGCAGAACACUCUAUGACAUAAAUCACAGCACAAUCCCUUUUGACCCACCUCCUAGAGAAAUGGAAAUAAAAACAAAAAUAAACAGAUGGGACCUAAUGAAACGUCAAAGCUUUUGCACAGCAAAGGAAACCAUAAACAAGACGAAAAGACAACCCUCAGAAUGGGAGAAAAUAGUUGCAAAUGAAGCAACUGACAAAGGAUUGAUCUCCAAAAUUUACAAGCAGCUCAAUAUCAAAAAAACGACCCAAUCCAAAAAUGGGCAUAAGACCUAAAUAGACAUUUCUCCAAAGAAGGUAUACAGAUUACCAAGAAACACAUGAAAGAAUGCUCAACAUGAUUAAUCAUUAGAGAAACGCAAAUCAAAACUACAAUGAGAUAUCAUCUCACACCGGUCAGAAUGGCCCUCAUCAAAAAAUCUAGAAACAGUAAAUGCUGGAGAGGAUAUGGAGAAAAGGGAACACUCUUGCACUGUUGGUGGGAAUGUAAAUUGAUGCAGCCACUAUGGAGAACAGUAUAGAGGUUCCUUAAAAAACUAAAAAUAGAACUACCAUACAACCCAGGAAUCCCACUACUGGGCAUAUCCCCUGAGAAAACCAUAAUUCAAAAAGAGUCAUGUACCAAAAUGUUCAUUGCAGCUCUAUUUACAAUAGUCAGGACAUGGAAGCAGCCUAAGUGUCCAUCGACAGAUGAAUGGAUAAAGAAGAUGUGACACAUAUAUACAAUGGAAUAUCACCCAGCCAUAAAAAGAAACGAAAUUGAGUUAUUUGUAGUGAGGUAGAUGGACCUAGAGUCUGUUAUACAGAGUGAAGUAAGUCAGAAAGAGAAAAACAAGUAUCGUAUGCUAACACAUAUAUAUGGAGUCUAAAAAAAAAAAAAAACAAAACGGUCAUGAAGAAUCUAGGGGAAGAUGGGAAUAAAGACACAGACCUACUAGAGAAUGGACUUGAGGAUACGGGGAGAGGGAAGGGUAAGCUGGGACAAAGUGAGAGAGUGGCAUGGACAUAUAUACACUACCAAACGUAAAAUCGCUAGCUAGUGGGAAGCAGCUGCAUAGCACAGGGAAAUCAGCUCGGUGCUUUGUGACCACCUAGAGGGGUGGGAUAGGGAGGGUGGGAGGGAGGGAGAUGCAAGAGGGAAGAGAUAUGGGAGCAUAUGCAUAUAUGGGGAUAUAUGUAUAUGCAUAGCUGAUUCACUUUGUUAUUAAGCAGAAACUAACACCAUUGUAAAGCAAUUAUACUCCAAUAAAGUUUAAAAAAAAGAUACAAGUUACUAAUAUCAAAAAUGAAA